AUGACAACAUCAAAAACAAUCUCAGCAGCACUCAAACUCGUUGACACCAAGAAACAAAAUCUCAAGAAAGCAUACGAUGAUCUUCAAUCCCAUUCCCCUCUCCUCUCUUCCUUCCCUCUCUCAUGGCCAGACCUCGAUUCUCACUUCUCCACCCUCCACAACACUCUCUCUCAACGCUUCACCCAUCUCCAAACCCUAGAAUCACAACUACAUCAAAACCAUAACGACCCUUCAUCUUCUCCUUCUCAGUUACCUAACCCAAACCCUAAAAAUCAAAACUUUACAUCAAUCGCUAAUGACCCAUCUUCGUCUUCUAACCCUACAAAUCACUUGGAAGCAUUGACUGCGUUUUGUAAGAACAAUGAUGGAAAAGGGUUGAGGAUUUACAUUGGGGAUAAUUUUAAGGACAAGGGAAUAAUGAAAAAUGAAAUUCAGAUUGCAUUCAAAUCUGCGUCUAAUCCUGCUGAUAUGGUUCUUGAUUCAAUUGAGGGUGUUUUUGUUGCAAAUGCAGUGAUUGAAGGGAAAGAACCUAGGUUUAUCAAGAAAAGUUUUAGUUUUUUGUUUCAACAGUUGAGGGUUUUUUCUCCGUAUGUUAGUUUUGAUGUUAGGAAGAAAGCUAAGAGAUUGUUUAAUGAGUGGAAGGUAAGCAUGGUGAAUGAGAAUCCUGAGGCGAGUUGGGCUAUGGCUUUUAUGCAAUUUGUUGCUGUUUAUGGUUUUUUAUCUGAAUUGAAUUUGGGUGAGCUUGCUGCUUAUUGUGCUUCUGCUUCUGCUAGUGACGAUCUUCCUGAUCUGUACCAGAUUCUUGCUUUGUCAGAUAGAGUUCAAGGAGUUAUUCAGAAACUUAUUGAAAGAAGCAAACAUAUUUUGGCUGUCAAGUAUAUUUUUCACUUCAAACUUACCGAUAAGAUGCCACCAGUUCCCAUUUUGAAAGCUUGCGUGGAUGAUGCGCAAAAACUCGGUAAAAGACUUGCCUCCGAGGGAAAGUCAUUGAAUGAGAUCAAAUCUAGAGAAAUCCAAGCACUGAAAUCAGUGAUUAAGGUUAUUGAGAGUUAUAACCUUGAUUCUGAGUUUCCGCGUGCAAGCAUUGAACAACGUAUAGAUGAAUUGAAUAAGCAGCGCAGAGUCGGUGGAAAGACUGUUGCACCAGCUUUUGCUGCAAAGCCUCUUCUUCAACAACAACAACUUAGUGGAAUCAAGCGUCCUCUAACCACUGCUCCAUUCGGUGUCGGUAAUGCCACAUCUACCAUAUACCAAUACCAACAACCUCAUUUCCAGCCCACAAGUUUGUUGCCGGAACAUCCAAAUCCAUACACAAGCAUGCCACCAGCGCCGUUUGGCAUGAAGGCACCAACACCAAAUGUCCCCUCCUAUACAGUUCCUUCAACUGCACCGCCUUAUGGUCUUGAUGGUGUCUCAAUGGCUCCCAAUGGAAACCUCAAUCAAUCUAUUUCUCAUCCGAAUUCAUCACAACAACCACUAGUUAUGCCGGGUUAUUAUGCCCCAAUAGGUCCCAGCAGCAACAUCGGUCAAGGUGGUUCUCAUCCUAACCUGCCAGAGCCACGAGUUAUGCCGGGUUAUUACGCCCCAAUGAGUUCCAGUGGCAACCUCGACCAAGGUGGUUCUCAUCCGAAUCCGUCUGCUUCUGGCGGCUAUGGUAUGCAACAUUAUUACAGAACACCUUAUUCUCAAUAG